CGUUUCCUCUGAUGGGGGUCGAUGCCGACAACAAGCAUCACCAAGCAACGGGCACCACCAGCGGCCCGAACAUCGUUUGCGGUGCGCAUAAAUCCAUCCAAGUCAAAGUCGUGGCGGUGCGCCGUGCGCCGUGUCGCGUAAUGAGGGCCGCGACCACGUACGUCGUAUCCGGCAUGGCCACCGCUGGCUGUUCGAACCAACACCGCUCGGGUCUUCCUUCUAUGCCAUCGCAUCGAAGAAGAGGACGAUGGGUGUCUGAUUGCGGGCGUCAGGGGGACGGAGGCUUGGCCCACGGCAGGGUUCUCCGUGCUUGUAAGCGUUCAACUUGACGCCAAAAUACACGCCCCCCUUCCCUCCCUCCCUUCCAUCACUCCCCCCUCACUUUUUCCACUCAUCGUCUCUCUGACAUCUUUCCCCGGUGUAUCUUCCGGCGUCAUUCACUCGGCUGUUGUUCUGCUUCUAUCUGUACUUCUGCCACCCCUUCAACUUCCAAUCCCAUACAACAAAUCUCCUACACGCCCUUGGACUCCCCCCCCCUUCCUCCUCCUUCUCCUUAUCCUACAGGCAUCCGCUGUUGUGUAUCCUCUCCUCUAUCCCCCAAGACCCUUGAUGCUUGCUGCCGCUGCUGCUGCCAGCACUGCGAUGCUACGAUACAGUCCAUACUGAACAGCCCGAACCUCGUCGCCCCCAAUCAACCUGCCGCCGUCCCUCCGUCGUCCCACGUUGUCGAGUCCCACCGGUCGGCCCUGGCUCUACUUUGCUUGACUCUUUCGUGCCUUGGUUUCCUCGCCAUCCGUCCAACCCUCACACCCCCCCGCCGCCCCCGGUGGUCUGAAUCUUCUCACGUCCAUUGGUGAGAGUCGACGCAGACCAGAGCCACAACCAGAGGCAGGGUAGCAGAAGGGGUGGGAAGCGCACCAUCAACUCCCCAUCAUCCAUACGUCUAGUGUCUGUCCGAACACCCCCCGGGGGGCCUGACUUGUCCGACAAUGGACUUCCUCCGCUCGCACAGCAAGACCAGAAAGGGGAGGUCGCGCUUCUCAAAAGCCCUGCCGACCCCGCCGCCGCCGGAUCAAGAUCCUCCUCCCAAGUCCAAACAGCUCCCUUCGAUCCCCCCCGUGCCUCCCGUCCCGUCCAAGAAGGCCUUCUUCGCCAUGUCGGACAAGCCGUUACCGCCGCCGCGACCCGUCAACGACCAGUCCCUCCCGCCGCAGCAGCCGCCUCCGCCGCACGCUCUGCCUCUUCCUCUGCCUCCCCUCGAGACGAAAGCGUUGCCUCCGGUUCACAUUGCUCGCCGGCCGGUAGCGAAACAACCGCCGCCGCCGCCGCUGCCCCAAGUGUCACAACCGCCGUCGACGUCCCCCGACGACGAGAGGAACUCGAUCGGCAGUCUGCUUUCGGCCUACUCGAGGAGCUCGGGCGAAUCCAUCAUCAUGUCGCCCGACGGAAGCGCAAGCCAGACAGAUUCGGCCCCGGCAUAUGCCUCAGAUCAUCAGUAUGGUGGAAAGACCUUGACGCCCAGCUCUUUGUCAUCGGGCGAGAACACCAUCAGCAACAGCAACAACAACAGCAGCAGCAACAACAACGAACACAAUGGCGCACCAAACUUCACAGCCAACAAGGGCCUGCCCCCUCACCCGGCAUACUACACCGAGCAAGGCUCGCCUGCCCCUCCGGCCAAGCCGGAGCGGGCGCCGACUGUCGGCAGCCCGACAAGCUACGUGUCGAGCACAUCGCCGCAACAACAACAGCAACGCCCGUUAUGGAGGAGGCGAUCUGUCAGGUCGGAGCGGAACAUCGAAGUCUCGAAUCUUCAACUGGCAGUCAGCCACGGGUCGACGGCCGCUUCCCAACCAAACACGGCGCAAACAACACCACCUUCGGCCGCGUUGCCACCUACCCCGGCCCAGCAGCAGCAAUACCAAAACCAAUAUCAACAAGAACAAGACCAGACUAAACAGCAACAGCAACAGCAACCGCAACACCAACAACAAUUCCCUGUCCGCAGCACGUCGAACCUGCCUGGCAGAAACGUCCGACCCGUCCCUUCGCAACCCCAGCAAGCCGAGGCGGCCGACACCAUGGGCCAAGAGGCGUCGAGGCUCAAGACCAAGAUCUCGCACCUGCGCGACGGCCACCACCACCAGGGCGCGGCGAACCCGGGUAUCUCCCACAGCGACACGGCCCUCUCGCCAACCCAGCGUCUGCCAACCCCCGACUAUGAGAAGGAGGACGUCAAAACGCAGCAGCACGUCGUUGACAGGAUUCUCGUCUCGCCCGUCUCGCCCGCCUCGUCCCCCGAGCCCGCUGGUGUCCGCGACCAGGCCGGUGCCGAGUCGAAGCCGUCGCUCCCGCGCAAGGCUGUCACGGCCCGCAACUUGCACGCCGCCCACAGCCUUCCCCAGAUGCGCGUUGACGGGCCUGUCACGAGCAGCGAGGCGCCCCCGACGAUCACGAAAGACUUCGCCGUCAGCCCUGUCAGCCCCGGUCCCCAGAGUCAACUGCCUCAUCGCGAGGGCCCCCAGCAGCAACAGCAACAGCAACAAUAUCAGCAGCAGCAGCCACAACAACAGAGAAGCCAAUGGCAGCAGCCGUCCCGCGAGUACACGCCCUAUGCGCCAGCACCCGGCCCCGCGCAGGGUGACCUGCGAUCUCCCACGCGAGACCAGCGCCCCGCUCCCCCCUCUGCCCACGAACCCGUCGAGUACCGCGAGCUCAAGACGGCGAACCUGCCGCCUGCCGACCCGCGCGCGUCCUACUUCCCGAUGCAAGGCUCGGAGCCCCCAAGCCCUGGCAUCGUCUACAAGGCGCUGCCGCUCAAGGAGAGCAUGCUCGACUGCUACGUCCGGCACCGCGUCAUGGACCGCACGCGCAACCGCAACUACGCCCUCACCUGCCAGACGUGCGGCCGCGCCGACACGGAGGACCGCUUCAAGUGCCAGUUCUGCUACGUCCGCAUGUGCGCCGCGUGCCUGCACAUUUUUAACGGCCACCGCCGGGAUCUCAGGAAGCUCGUCGCGCACCUCGAGGGUAACCCGCACAGCGGCGGUCAGCCAGGAGGGGCGGCCGCCGGCGCGGGCAACGAACCGGCCGAGGAGCAGCGCCAGCAGGUUGCGGAUAAGACAACGGAGGAGCAAUAACCGUUUUUCCUUCCCCGAGUCUGCAAUUUUGAUUCACACACAUGAUCAUUGUACCUUCAUAUUCUUGGUCGCUUUGGCAUAGCGAAAGGAAAACUACACACGGCCACUUUUGACUUCUCUUCUUCUUUUUUUUCCGCAUUGGCAUCGGAAGCGCCAGUAAAACGACACCGCUUUUCUUAUGGGAUUUAGAUUGAGAGGUCGGUUGGUUGAUACCCCCCUUCUUUCCCCUCUUUCCAGAUACCAUGAUUUUGGUGUGUCUGUGGGUGUAGGUGUGUAUAUAGGGAUACGCGUGACCUCUAGGAGGAAACUUAGGCACGCGCACAUUUUUCUUUUGUUGUGUUUGAUGUGGGAUAUACUACUUGCUAGAUGCAAGAGUAUGGAAAACGAGGGGGGGAAUGAGCUGGAUACCCGAAUGACGGGGAGGAGCAGGACAACCCCUACCCACCCAACUUCACGGUUGAAGAUGUAGGUCUGGGCUCUCA